UAUUUAGUAACUUCUCAAAUAACACAGCUCAUUCCACCAACUCUAAUUUUGCGCCAUUCUUUUCUCUUCCACUCUCUCCAUUUCCCCUAAUUAUUUUCUCGGGGAAACAAAACUGCCACUGGCGAGAAAAUAAUAACUUAACAUGUUCACAACACAACAACUCAGAGAGAGUGAAGAACAGUUGAAGCUCACCACCACCACGCACCGCAACGUGAUGGUGGACGAAGAAGGUGAAUUCGCCGGCACAAUCUGCUCCAUUUGCUACGAAGAUCUCAAACCAGUUUCCGAAGAUCUUCAAUCUAUCUCCAUUUGCGGCCACGUCUUCCACGAGCUAUGCUUGCAGCAAUGGUUCGAGAACUGUUCCAGAGUGAAGAAGCACACUUGCCCCGUUUGCAAGCAGAGUUGCAGGGUCAGCGAUGCUUGCAGGCUUUACUUCCAAUCGGUGGGAGAUGUGGUCGAAUCUGUUAUGCAUCGGAAGCCAUUUGAUUCUGAAGAAGAUUCCGGAGUUUUGAGAAAGGAAGUGACGAGGUUGGAGGUUUCGGGGAUUAGUUCAUAGUUGGAGAAGAAGGAGAAGGAAAUUGAGCAGCUCACCAAGGAGGUAUUUUAUUUUAUUUGAGCCCUAAUUCAAAUUUGCAAUUUUCUUUCCAUCUUUUUGGGACAUUAAGUUAGUUCUUCUAAAGUUGUUGCAAUGUUAGUUUAUUGAUAUGCAGACAGAUUUUCAAUUGGUUCCUCAAUUUUACACUAAUAAACACUAGCUUAGUCAUUACCAGUUUGUUAUUAUUGGAUGUUACUACUACAAAUAGAGCUGUUUAGCACAGACUUUGGAAUAUUAACUUUUGCCUUUGUUAUA